ACAUUAUUUCGUCAUUUUAGGUCGGUGAUGACGUCAGGAAGGAGAUGACGUAUUCGUAUCGAGCUAUGACUGAUAGAUGAUGAAAUAUGAUAUUAAGGCCGCUGCAAUGGCCUCUGUUUUAACUGUGGUAGGCGACUAUUUAAACAUAUGGAGUAUAGUUUUAGGUGGAUCUGCUCUCAUCUUUUACAUGUGGAGCAGAAAAGGCAAUCUUCCACCUGGACCAAGAGGAUAUCCUAUUCUUGGUGCCAUGCCAUACCUGGUAGUGCACCCAGAAAAAGUGAUAACAAAAUGGAGCCGAGAAAUUUAUGGUCCAAUUUUAUCAGUCCCACUGCUGAACCGUACCAUUAUUUACCUGAAUACAUAUGAAGCUAUAACUGAGGCUUUCUCAAAGCAAGGCCUGAAGCUGGCAGGGCGACCAUAUAUGUUUCUAUUUCAACAAAUCUCAUCGGAUCUAGGCAUUACUAUGAAAACAUACAGCGAACAUUUUAAGGUCCAACGUCAAUUCGGAAUGAGGUCUUUAAAACCAAGUCGCAUAGAAAGCUUGGUGAUCCAGGAAAGCAGAUACUUUAUAGAUCAGCUGCAUGAUCAAGUUGGUAAGGUCUACGACAUGAAAACAGAUGUUUACAACUUUACUGCGAACAUCAUUUGCAGUGUUGUGCUUGGGAAAAGAUUCGAUUACGAUGACCCUGCAUUUAAACUAAUCCUCGAAUCUUCAGAAAAGGCUUUAGGUGAACCAGAAGAUGCUAAUUUGAUGAUGGCCAUGAUCCUGAUACCACAGUUGAGAUUUCUUCCACCCUUUCAUGGCGCAAACCAACGUUUUCUUCAAAACCAGCAUCGAAUUUUACGAAUGUUGCUGGGGAUAAUUGAAGAACACCAGAAGAAUUUUGAUCCAAAUAAUGUAGAGGAUUUUAUUGAUGCUUAUAUAUACGAGCAGAAAUUUGGCAUUGGAAAAAACACAAAGCUCUUUGAAAACGACCAACUCAAGGUUUAUGUUCGUGAUUUAUUCAUUGCUGGGGUUGAAACUACAAGUAACACAAUCCAGUGGUCAAUCCUUGCCCUGCUGUAUAACCCAAAGUACAUGGACUUGAUGUAUAAUGAAGUUUAUGAAGCUCUGGGUAGUGAUGGUGUACCGUGCAUGAAAGAUCGUGAAAAGAUGCCGGUAACAUGCGCCUUCAUACAAGAAAUAAUGAGAUUCCGUACCCUAACCCCAGGAGCUGCACCCCAUAGUGCAAUGGAGGACAUCAAACUAAACGGGUACGACAUUCCUUCGGGUACUAUGGUUGUAGCAAACCUGUGGGCCUUGCAUAAUGACCCAGACACCUGGCCAGAGCCAGAAAAGUUCAAUCCUCAUAGGCAUAUUGAUUCAGAUGGGAAAUUCAUCCACUCACCUAAAAUUCUCCCGUUUUCAAUCGGACCACGUUACUGCAUGGGAGAAGGAAUUGCCAAAGCAGAAAUCUUUAUUUUUCUCACCUCUCUUCUGCAGAAAUUCACAGUUUCUCGUGAUCCAAAUGCAGUCUACCCUGAAGAAAUUGAACAAGGAAUUGUAUCUGCUAUGUCUUGCCCUCAUAGAUACAACAUUAUUCUAACUGCUCGUUAAUUUACAAUAAAAAAAUCAUUGAAAAAUUGUUCAUGCACCUUUGAAGAUCAAGGUUUAUAUUCUAUUCUAAUAUAACUGUUGUUAUAUAUUCUAUUCUAAUAUAACUGUUGUGAAGUAUUAACUUUAAUACAUCUGUAAACAUUCUUGUUUACCCAAUAUCAAUUAAUGUAGAAUUUAUACUAAUGAUUGUGUUUAUUUUUUAAUGACAUAUUCACAUAUAUAUCUCAUUUGACCACCUGUCUCGUGUAAUAUAUUUUUAGCCACUAAAUCUGAGCAUUACCCACAUUUUUUGUAUCUCUAUAUGCAUCAUUAUUCCUUUUGCUGUUACAGGCCUAAUGUGUACAAAUGUAAUGAUCUUAUUUAAAAAAAGUAAAUAUUAAGUAGCUACCUAUGUUAGGAUUUGAAAAAGUGCAUUUUAUUUUACCAAUGAAAAUGUGGUAGCUUUAACAAUGGAUUUAUACAUUCCUCAUUCAUUUUUAAUGUUUUAACUUCCAGACAGCCAGUUUAUUAAAGAAAUGUUUUAAUUUUUUCUUUAGUAUAAAGUGUCAGUGUUAAAGCAGUACAAGGGGUGUUUUAAAGUUCGCUUGAUUUCUCGCAAUCUGACAUAAAAUAUAUCUAUGUUACCUAUUGUAAAUAAAUCACCUCACAAUGUUAUAUUCUUUUCCGCCAAAUUUAGAGUAUAGUGGACACAAGCCAGCCCAGCCCAUCCCCAAAAUAUGCUAAUUAUAAACACGUGCACCGAAUCUGGGAUGUUAUGUUAGUGUAGGCACGCCUAUUCUGGAAAUUUCUACAUUGCAUUAAUCACAAUCGGUAAACAUAAUGACAAAUGGCCAAUAACUUAGGUUUGUUACACAAGAAUACGAUUCUAACUAUGCUGCCUACUGUGAAACAUAAAAAGUAUGGUGUCUUCGGUAUAUAAUUAUGAACACUAAUUCCAAUUUAUGAAAUGAAAUUUAUAACAUUAUCAUGCUUGUGUUUUCAAACUUUUGUUUUCUUUCUAAUGGUCUGGCCUUCUGAUCGUACUUACUAUUUUUACAG